AUGCGCUUCUCUCUUAUCGCUCUUGCAGUGUUCGCUGCUGCGUCCGCCGCCAUGAAGCUGAGCGACGUGCCCGGCACCGAGGCCAAUCCCCUAGAUCUAGACAGCAACUAUGUAGUCCAAUGGACUUAUAACGAAAAUGAGAGAGACAAGCCCGUCUGGGUGGCUCUCUCUCACUACGACCAAGGCGGGUACUCGGAAUGCUACCUGCUCUCCGGCCAGCUGCAAGCCGGGGACGGAAGCUUUCGCAUCCCAACGCACCCUGUCUCCCAGCCGGUUACUCAAGUUACCGGAUAUCGGUUCCGCCUGCACCAGACCAACCAAUGCGUCGCCAACCCCGGCAUUGAGGACCAGACGAACCAGUUUCGCCUCAAGCCUUACUAUCCACCUACGAAUUAG